GUUCCGUGCAACCUUGGGGGAAGCGCGGAUCCACCCGUCUAAAGACUGCUCCUUUCAGUUGCUCGGUGGGAGUAUGAUGGGCUGCAGUGGUUCCAGUCAGCGGGGAAGCAGAACCACACGUCCUCCUGUCUGUUGGAAUGCAGUGCAGGUUACCAAACAAGAAAUCGCACUUGGGUCUGGAGCAGAUCUCUGCACUGGCUUCAUCAGGCAGGACAUUCCUUGGAUCUAAAAGGUGCUACAAGUUCAUUGUGGAUGACACCACUGGAGAAACAGCUGUGAUUUGUUCUGCAUUCAGACUUCUGGAAAAUCUACAACUGGAUUGUCCAGUUGGACAGUUGUUGAAUGAAGCUGUACAGGCACAACAUAAGCAGUACAAAUCUGGAACAACCACCCUCCUUUUCCUUGCUGGAUCUUGGAGUAAAGCUGUUCUAAAUUGUAUAAAGCAAGACAUUCCCAUUCCUGUCAUAGUAUCUGUGAUGUAUGAAGCACUAGAACAUUGCUUUGAGGUACUAAAGUCAUAUCAGAUAUCUGUUGAUAGCAUUUUAAAAACUUCAUGCUGUCAACAGAAACCACAAGCAAGUAAAUCAUGUUCCUUGAGUAGCUCUUGUUUACGUUUGGAUGAAAUAUAUUCAGUAGUAAAGGGACCAACUCAGUCAACAAUUUCAAUUCAAGGCAGUUCCAGAAAAAACAAUGAAAGUGCCUCGUCUGUAGGGUGCUCUUCAAGUCAUAUAAUUGUCCUUGCCUCUUCAGACCAAGGCAGAGAAAGCUCAAUGCACAAACAAUCAAAAUCAAAAGUAAAGAUGAGCCGGCACUUCACAACUCCUGAAAGUAAGAUACAAGAAGAAACUUUGCUGAAUUCAACAAGUAGUUUUCACAAGGAUUCCUUUGCAUCUACAACUGACUAUGCCAGUUUUACAGCACUGGCUUUAUCCUUGAGCCAUGGCAAUGAGCAGAUGAUGCAAUUGGCAGUAGAAGCCUAUAAAAUUCAGACUCAACAUCUUGGAGCAGAAAAUGCUUCUUGCAGAACUUUUCCUGAAUUGGAUGUUGGGAAGUUAGUUACGUAUUUCUUUCCUGGACUGCCUGAGUACUAUUCCUGUGUUAGUCCAGGUUUCAUUGCAUUCGUCUCAGGAGAACAAUCCAUGGUUGUCAAGUGUCUGGCAGAUUUGCCUCUGCAUACUAUACUCAUUAAUGGAGAUUUGACUGAUAAGUACCAUCAUCCAGGUUUCAAUAGUAUUUCAAAUAUUACUGUGGUUAGGCAGACAGUUAAGGAUGUUUCUAAAAGUUUAGAAGAAGAAUGGUUAGAUACAGCAAUAGGUAUACUUACUAAAUUUCACAUUAAUUUAGUUCUGGUAAAGGGAAUAACAUCUCCACGUUUAAUGGAUAAGUGUAUGCAAGAAAAUAUUUUGAUAAUUCAGGAAGUGAAAGACUCUGUGAUUCAGAGCUUUGCAGCGGCUAUGGGAUCUAUCACUGUGAGUUAUAUUACACAAGUAAAUGAAAAUUGUGUGGGAACAGGGGCACAUUUAUGUUUCUGGAAAACUAAAAAUACACCAAACUUGGAAGAUAGAAUUGCUGUGCAGAUAAAUACAUUUAAAACUUCUGUACUUGCAAUAGUACUUUGUAGCCCUUUAAGUUGCAAGCUGCAGACAAUGGAAGAUCAAUUCUGGACUUGUGCAUGUCGUUUAAACCAUGCCCUUCGUGAGAGGCGAAUCUUUCCUGGUGCAGGAGCCACUGAACUUUUAUGCCUCCAGCAUCUAAAACAGCUAAUAUUGGAAGCAGAGGUUUUAAAACCAGGCAUUAAUCCACAUUGUUCUUCAUGGUUUGCAGACACAACAAUAUUAUACAGAUCACAAGUCUUACAGUCCUUGGCUGAUGGCUUAGCUGAGUAUCUUGUUGCUGCCUUGUUUAAUACAGGCAUGUAUGUAACACCACUGGAUGCUUUGUCAGAAGUGCAGAAGUGCCUUCACAAUUGUGUUGGGUUAUUUCCUAUCAUUUCAGAGGUAUCAGGGAAGUGUGUGAAUUUUGGUAUACCAAGCACGUCUGAUUCUACUGGCCUAAAUGAAGACUGCUUUGAAUACAAGGUCCAUGAUAAUGUCAUUAUCAAACUGGAAGCCUGGCGAAGGGCUUUGAAUUUAGUGUUACUGGUACUGCAGGCAGAUGCCGAAAUCAUCACAGGCAGCCAAGCUAAAACUUCAGCAGCUGAUAGAAAUUUUGAUUUCCUUAACUCGUUUAUAUCAGUUUGAACAGAAUGCUUUGUGAAUAUGCAAUUUGGCUUGGACCUUGAUUAAUGGGGGAAAAAAGUGUACCCACAGGUUAACUGCUUAUCCCUGCCGAGUGCAAUUGCUAUUUACAUUUUGCAGGAAGUUCUGUGUCAAACUGCCAUCAUUUACCCACUUAAGUGCGAGGAAGACUUUGCAAAGCUAUCCAAAUCCAGUAGUCCUGAACUUGUUGACAAGUUCCACCCAGUGAAUCUCCAAAAUAAUGGAGUAAUGUUUUCAAUGAUUAAAUAUUUUAGGUGGUUUUAUUUUAAUUUUGUAAUUGAUUAUUUCAUUUUUUAAAUGCUAUUGAAUGUCAUAGACAUCCAGUAGCCUUGAAAACACUUUAGACCUUUGACACAUGGCAUGGGUAGUGUGGGAAUGUGGCUUUACUGUCUGUUGAAUGUUUUCUCAACAAAUUCAUUGGCAAGUUCAGAGUCAUAGAUUCAUAAGAGUCAUGCAGCAUGGAAACAGGUCCUCUGCCCUCUGAGUCCACACUGACCAUUCAUAACCAAUUUGCAUAAAUCCUCUUUUUUAUUCUCCUACCAUUCUCAUCAACUCCAUCUAGGUUCUACCACACCAAUACACUAAGAGCAAUUUAUAGUAGCCAAUUAACCUACAAACCGACUCUUCUUUGGGAAGCGGGAGGAAACCAGAACAUCUGGAGGAAAUCCAUACGGUCAAGGGAGAACAUGCAAACUCCACACUGACAGCACCAGAGGUCAGGAUUGAACCCAAGUCACUGGAGCUGUGAAGCUAUGCCAGUGUGCAGUCCUUGUUCUGGCUUAACUAAGUCUCUCAGGAUCCUGGCAACACAUAGGGCAUUGCCGAUUGGAUACACAAGACUUUUGUCCAGGCAGGUCAUCUUUCUUGAUGUACUUAAGGUAAGUGUGGGUCAAUUGGGUAUUUGACCAGUGAGUGCAGAUGUUGGCCUCACUUGGCAGAUUGAAAGUCUAGAUUUUUAUCACUGUCCUAAAUGGGGUUUUGGAACUUUUGAACCCAAUGUAUCCGACUUGGUUAUUUGGUAACCAUAACCUUUGCAUUUGAUUAUACUGUACACUGACUAUUAGAUAUAAUUAAAAUAUUUAUAGUUAGCAUUCAUUUUAUAAAAUACACUAUGCAGUGUUGUAUUCAGUGACACUGGCACAAGACUGAUGUUCCUUUGAAAAGGAAACAAGUGACUGUAUCAUUGAGUGAUGUUCUCCACUGGAACUUUAAAUGUGUGAAGUUGAAUGAUUUUAUAUUGAUGUCAUUGUUUAAAUUAAAAAGAGCUCG